CCACAUCACAUCCUUAAUAAAGAGAGUGGGCUUCAUUCAAGUGUUCCAAAAUAAACAACAAUUGAAAAAUCAAAGUCUUUGAGUUGAGAUACAACAAAAUAAAACUGAAUUUUGCAUUCAAAGAUCUGAAAUUUUUUUCAAAAAAAAUUCAGCUGAAUUCAAAUCCCCAUUUCUCCAAACUGAAAAAGGUCAAAGUUUGAAUCUUUCAACUUUUUUUACCUGUCCUAAGUGUGGAUGGGUGAAGAGGGAUUACCUAGUGAUGUUAAAAACUUGGUAAAAACAUCUCCAAAAUUGACUGUUUUACCCCUGAUUGCUUUGAUAUUCUAUGAUGUAUCUGGGGGUCCUUUUGGUGUUGAGGAUUCAGUGAAAUCAGGUGGUGGUCCUUUGUUGUCUUUGUUAGGGUUCUUGAUUUUUCCAUUGAUUUGGAGUGUUCCUGAGGCUUUAGUUACAGCAGAAUUAGCUACAAGUUUUCCUGAAAAUGGUGGCUAUGUUGUUUGGAUUUCUUCGGCUUUCGGUCCCUUUUGGGGGUUUCAAGAAGGGUUUUGGAAAUGGUUUAGUGGUGUUAUGGAUAAUGCUCUUUAUCCUGUGUUGUUUCUUGAUUAUUUGAAGCAUUCGUUUCCGGUUUUUAAUCGAGUGUUCGCUCGAAUCCCUGCUCUUUUAGGUAUUACGUUCUCGUUGACGUAUUUGAAUUAUAGAGGAUUGCAUAUUGUUGGAUUUUCAGCUGUUUUACUAGCUGCUUUCUCGUUGUUUCCGUUUUUCGUCAUGACGGUUCUUUCGAUUCCGCGAAUUAGGCCUAAACGAUGGCUGGUUUUAGAUUCUAGUAAAGUGAAUUGGAGAGGGUACUUUAAUAGCAUGUUUUGGAAUUUGAAUUAUUGGGAUAAGGCUAGUACUCUUGCAGGGGAGGUUGAAAAUCCUAGCAAGACAUUUCCGAAGGCGUUAUUAGGGGCUGUAAUUUUGGUUGUUUCUUCUUAUUUGAUUCCGCUUCUUGCUGGAACUGGGGCACUGAUGACCUCGUCAAGCGAGUGGAGUGAUGGAUAUUUUGCAGAAGUUGGAAUGUUGAUUGGAGGAGUUUGGCUUAAAUGGUGGAUCCAAGCGGCGGCGGCUAUGUCGAAUCUGGGACUGUUUGAAGCAGAAAUGAGCGGUGAUGCCUUUCAGCUUCUCGGCAUGAGUGAGAUGGGGAUGCUACCUGCUAUUUUUUCUAAAAGAUCCAAAUACGGGACGCCCACUUUUAGCAUUCUAUGUUCUGCUACUGGAGUAAUCUUCUUGUCAUGGAUGAGUUUUCAAGAAAUUUUGGAAUUUCUAAACUUCUUAUAUGCCAUAGGAAUGCUUCUUGAAUUUGCAGCUUUUAUAAGACUCAGAAUAAAGAAACCAGAACUACAUAGACCUUAUAAAGUUCCCUUAGGAACAUUUGGUGCGACAUUGUUAUGUGUACCUCCUUCGAUAUUGCUCGUUCUUGUAAUGUGCCUGGCUUCACUAAGAACAUUCGUAGUAACCGGAGCUGUCAUUAUCGUCGGAUUCAUAUUAUAUCCGGCUUUACUUCAUGCCAAGGACCAGAAAUGGAUUAAAUUUGUUACGGAACAACCAGAAGUAUCUUCUUCUGGUACCGUUACAACGGCGGUGGGACAUGAAACGGCGGUCGUAGAUGAAGCAUCGAUCAUGCUUCUCUCGGAUUUGUCAAGUAUAAAGACGGAUGACUAAUCAUAUACAUUAAUGAUGUUUAUAUUUUUAUUUUUGUUGAUCAGUAGUGUAUAGCAAGUAUCAUUAUUGUUCAAUAAUAAUGUUCAUAUUUUAUUUUA